UUUUUUUUUUAGGGGGGAAAUUUUGUGAACCAAAGUAGGCAAAAGUGUAACCACACACGGCAACAACAUAUAGUACAACAAAGCAGGCCGGCAUCGGUUCUACUGCAAGCAGUGCGGCAACGCGCGCGCGACAUUCGCACUGUUUGUGUGCGCUCAUAUACCAUCCCCCGGACGGACGCUAUAGUGUGUUUGAAAUGAUUAGUUAGGUGUUGGUGUUUUAUCGCUGUGAAGUUUUGUGCCCUGACCGACCAACGUGAAUGUAUCCCACUGUACUAGCAACAAGUUAAGCGCGACAUAGUAGAGAGAAGAAGAUAUAAUAAUAUUGUGAUAAGAAAAGAAGAAAGUGUGUAUUAAGUAGAAGCAGAAGAAGAAGAAGAAGAAGAAGAGGUGUUCGGAACGUCCGUAUUGCCUCUGUACCAGUUCUACCUCACCUUCCUACCAGUACCAAUACAGUGCAAUCCGGAUGUCGUUGGGCGAGCGGCGUAGAAGUACUUAAACACGCUCACUAAGUGAUCAACAAGCGCGCGAUGGCUGCCUCAGUCUACGCCACGCCGCCGCCGGAACUGAGCGGCGAGGAAGCGGUGCUGAGCGAUGCCUCGAACUCAUCGCAAACCAACAGCUCCCACAGCUCCACGCUGAAAGCGUCCAAGCGUACGCUCUCGUCCUCGUUCCUGAACGCGGCCACUACGCAAAGCAGCACGCUGACCACCACCUCCCAGCUCAGCUCGGACUCGCUGCCCGAUCUGUCCAAGAAGCGCCGCAAGCAGUCGAUGCCGAUCCGGUUCUCCUCCAACGGUGCGGCCAUCGAGGUGCCACCGGCGGCCGACACGACGAUAGUCGAUGUGGACGAACGGUCCGCCGAUGAAGCGCGGCCCGCUCCGGAAGAGGAGCAGCAGCAUCGAGCAACGGGGGAAGCGAACGGGUCGCCGAAUCCCGCCAGCCCCGCAAUGGAAACCGGCGACGACGAGGAGGAAGCCGCCCUGCUCGAGGAGCAGCAGAACAACUUCCAGAAGAUAUUCCUCUCGAACCUGAGUCAAUUACAGCAGAAGCACCUGCAGCUGCAGCAGCAACAUCAGCAGCAGAACAGCGAAGGGUUUCUCGGGCUAGCCAGUGCCGGUGCAACGCUGCCGGAGAGCUUCCUCACCUCCAAGCUGAACAGUUUCAUCGCGCUGAGCGGCGUGCGGGCAGCGGCGGAUCGUGAAUCGAGCUCGCUGGCGCGAAGUGAGGACGAGGAGCACGACGAUGGCCGGGACGAGCGGGCCCAAUCGCUUGCCGAAGAAGAACCGAGAAGCCGCGAGCAGUCGCCUGUUAGAAAAAGCGCCUCUGCCAGUGAGGAUGAUGGGCAGCGGCGCCAGGACGGUGAGCGCGAAGGUGGUAAUGGGCAUCCAACAGCACACACGCAACCGAGGCACGAUUCACCGACGGCCGACGAUGGGGAGGGAAAACGGCAACCGGAACAGCACGCCACGGCAGCAAGCCCACCGAAGAUCUCGCUCAAGAAGGAGCUGCUGAUGGACCCGGAAUGGGACGGGGAAAUUCGGAGCAGUCUGCCGAAGGCGGACGACUGGAUCUCGAUAGCGGGGCUGUCCUUUCCGUUCCCACCGGAGGCGGCCGCCGCCCUGUCCGCCUCGGGCUAUCUGCCGCAGCUGCCCCUGCUGGGCGUGCCGUCUGUUUCGGCGUUCGGGCCGGCCGGCGAGGGCAGCGGGGCCGGGCGCGGACCGGGCGUACCGCCGCUGCGCAUCUUCAACCCGGAAGCUUACUGCGACCUGUGCAACAAGGAGUUCUGCAACAAGUACUUCCUGAAGACGCACAAGGCGAACAAGCACGGCAUCUACGAGCCGGCCGCGAGCAACGGCAGCGCGGACGCGAACAGCUCCGCCCUGUCCGCCAUGAGCAACCCGUUCAAUCCGAUUCACCAGCUGUCGCAGGUGUUCCAGCUGCAGCAACACCCGGGCCCGAUGGCGGGCGAACCGAUGGAGAAGCAGCUGCCGGCGCUGGCGCUCGAGACGGAACGUAUGGCGCCCCAGUCGAUGCUGCAGGGGGGACAUGUCCAAUCCCUGGCAGCUGGUCAACAGCAGCAGCAACAGCAGCAGCAAAGUCAGCAAAGUGCGGGCAAACCGAUGCCACCAUUACCAGCCCGCUCGGCUCACUCGCCAAAGGUCGCCGGGGGAACGCCCAACCCAAUACAGCCCACCGUGUUUUGUGACAUUUGUUUCAAAAAGUUCAGCAGUCUCAGCGCCAUGCGCAAACAUCGCAGCAAGGCGCACGAGCUGUCGAGCAGCAGUAAUCAUCAGCUGCAACAGCAGCAACAGCAGCAGCAGCAGCAGCUUCAUCAGCAACAACAGCUACAGCAGCAGCUUCAGCAUCAUCUGCAGCAACAAUACCACCAGCAGCUGCAAAACCAACAGCAGCAGCAGCAGCAACAGACCGCCAAACACGCCAGCUCCCGGCAGGACGCGCCGGACGCGGGCGGUGUCGACUCCACCGCGAGCAUCACGCCCAGUGCGCUACAGCUUCCCGAUGGGUUCCGCGAGGACUACACGAUCGAGCAGGAGGACGCCACGUUCACGCCGCAGCCCCGCAAGCUGUCGCCCCAUUCGAUGCAGGCCGCCAAGGAGGCGAACUUCUCCGCGGACAAGCUGCGCCGUCUCGGCGUCGUCAACCCGGAAGCGUUUUGCGAAAUCUGCUGCAAGGAGUACUGCAACAAGUACUUCCUGCGCACGCACAAGCUGAAGCGCCACGGCAUCCUGCCCACGCCGGACGAGCUGAAGGACGAGGCGCGCCAACCGUGGGCCCCGUUCCUGCAGACCAGCCCGCUGAACCUGAUCAUGGGCGGUACGGCGGCGGAUGUUGUCGGUGCGCAGAUGGCGCUGCAGGCCGCGUCCCCUUCCUCACUGCGGAAGCUGAUGGCGGCUGGUGGCGGUGAGCUGACCGGGGCGGGCAAUGGCAGCAGCAGCAGCAGCAGCGGCUCGAUCGCGAUCGAAGGUGCCAAGGGGGUGGAGAUUAAGCGCGAACAGUCCCCGUCGGCGAAGCUGGACAAUGGCGGCGGUGAGUCGGACGAUCAGCAGCAGUCGCAGGACGGCGCACCGGGCAACGGGAGCGGUGCCGAGGGGGCCAAGGACGGCAGCGACGAGGAUGCGGAAGCGAUCAGCGUCGACCUGCAGAAGCUACAGUCCAUGAUCAUGCAGCUGAACGAUCUGAACAGCAUGCAGCAGCAGCAGCAGCGGAAGGUGGGCUGCGGCGUGUGCGGCAAGGAGCUGGCCAAUCAGUACCUGCUGCACGCCCACAUGAUCCAGGAGCACGGGGCGCUCGCGCUGGACAACAACAACGGCCCGAAGGGGUCGCGAGUGCCCACGCCGAACGCCGACGCGCUCGAGACGUGCAAGCAGUGCGACAAGGAGUUCGCGAACGUGUACAUGCUGAAGCAGCACCUGGUGGAGGUGCACGGCGGCGGGCUGCCGGGUAUGGCGAGUCCGAAGCGCGAGGGUUUCGUCACGCCGGAGCGUCCAACGACGGGACCGCUGGCGGGUGGUGCUGGAAGCGGUGGUUCGGCCGGUGGCAACGUCCCGAUGCCACCGGGCGCUCCGGCGUACGCCGACCGCAAACCCAGCUUCUCGAUGACGCCCACCAGCAGCUACUGCGAGAUCUGCAACAAGGAGCUGUGCAACAAGUACUUCAUGAAGACGCACAUGCAGCGCAUGCACGGCAUCGAGAUCGAGAACGGGGCCCAGAUCGGGGGCGUCGUGUGCAACAUCUGCAACAAGGAGCUGUGCAGCAAGUACUUCCUGCGCGUGCACAAGCACAACACGCACGGCAUCGUGGAGGAGGGCGCACCGCUGCCGCAGCCGCGCCAGAACGGUGCGGCCGCGCUGGCCGGCGAGCUGGGCGCGGAGUCAACCGACGGCGGGUUCCCCGGCGGACCGGCCGACCUGAAGCCGGGCGAGGUCAGCGACCUGAGCAACCGGUACUACUCGCACUUUACCGAGGUGUGUCCGCUGUGCAGCCGGCGCUUCCGCAGCGCCAAGUGGCUGCGGGCGCAUCUGCUCUGCGACCACGGCAAGGUGGGCGUGGAGAAGCUGAAGGAGCUGGAGCAGAAGCUCGGCGCCCAGAACGGGGGCACGUUGAUGGGGAAUGGGCCGGGUAGCGCCGGCAGUGGCAAUAGCCGCAGCAAAUCGAACAGCCCGUCGCUGAAGGUACCGAACGGGGCGGCGGCGGCAAACAGCGAUGGCGGCAAGUAUGGGCCAAAGUCGCCGUUCGGUGGACUGAGCCCGGCCGAGGCCGCCAAGUUCCUGCCGAAGGGGGCCGGCAGCAUUCCGGCACUGUUCGGGCCGGACCAGCAACAGCCAGGCUCGCCGAUGGGCGGCCUGAAGGGGUACCAGUGUUCGUACUGCUCGUUCGCGACGCCACUGCUGCCGUUGCUGUUCAUCCACGAACGGUCGCACUCCAGCUUGAGCAUCGUACAACAGCAGCUUCUUCAGCAGCAGCAGCAGCAGCAGCAGCACCAUCAACAGCAAGAGGAAGCGCAAGCGGUGGCGGCUGCGGCUGCGGCGGCGGCGGCUGCUGCGGCCGCUGCCCUCGGAGCGGCACCGUUCGCACCGCUGCUCAAGUCCGAAUCGGCCGUCUCGCUGGCGAAGGACCAGCCGGCCAGCCAGCUCAUGCCCGGCACCUCGUCCGAGACGCCCUCGUCGACGCCGGCCUCCACACCGAUACCAUCGCUGUCGCAGGAAGCGCUCAACCUACACCAGCAGCCGGCCCGACGCUCCCAAAGCCCCGAGCGGGCCGGAUCGCCCCGCCCCGAGCCGGACGCACCGCCGAAGCCAGCGUCGCCCAAGCCCGCCUCCUCGCCGUCGGCGCGCGGUGAGCCGGCCGCGAUGCUCUCCGAGGUGGCCAACCUGACCCAGCGCCCGGCCGUGUACGCGCUGCCCCAGCAGAGCGGCCCGCUCAUGAUGCAGUCGUUCCUGAUCGAGGAGUCGGCAGCAGGUGCCGGCGGGGGUCCCCGGUCGCCCCGGGAUGCCGCCGACAAGGCGGACGGGUCGUCGCCGCUCGCCCCGGAUCACAGGUUCGUACCAGCCGUUGUUUUCCUACCCGUUAAAGAGCGUAUCCUCUCGCCGAUGACAAUAUCGUUCAAUCUGAGCCCGGCCUAAACCGAGCCGGGAGUGGGAACCGGGUGUGAACGCUCGGACCGUUCCCUUCCUCUCUAGUCUCUAGUCAUCCAAAUUACCCGACCGGCUGAACCGAGUGCUGACCGGGCAAAAUCAACCUUGUAUCGCAAAGAAAAUCCGCAAAUACGUACGUAAAACUUAUCCUUUCGAAGAAGAAAACAAAAAUCCAAAUCCACGACCUAGAUCUAUCGCAAGAAGAAGAAGAAGAAAAAAGUAUAAUAAUAUGUGAAGCUAGUGAAUGUAAAACCCCUAACCUUUAAAGUAGACCUAAUCGCCGGGAGCGAAAGCAUAAGUUCUUGGUUUGCCGGCAGCAAACCAAGCAUAAUGCUAUGGCCUGUCUGUUUCGACGCUGUCAGACACUUGUAGAGAAAUUCACACAAGACAGAAGGGCUUUAAUCGUAAUCGUUGCAACAAGUAUCACCAUCCAAAACGCGUUUGGAUGCAAAACUAAGGCCAUACACACGCAGCAAAACUAAGCAAAACUUCCUUCAUAUGUGUAGUGCGUGCAGGCAUUGGUGGUAAAGGUGCCACCUUACAUGCAGGAUUGAAGCGCAAGACUGAACCAAAGAGAGAGUUACCUAUAAAAAAAACGCUAACAAACACAAACAAACCAGCAAGGUCAUUAUAAAGUCUCUGUGCCAUGUCCCCGCUGUCACACUGUGUGGAAGGAUGAUUGUUUUAACCGAAUCAGUAAACUGUCAAGCUUUUUAUCAAAUUGCUCCCACACAGCCCAAGCAAAGCGAAGUAGCGACCGAAAAAAAGCGAUCGAAACAAAACAAAAACAAUGAAUGUUUGUCUCGACUAAUCUUUCAAAUGAUAUGGCAAAUUAAUCAAAAUAACAACAAAAUAGAGCGUGUAAUGCAUCUGCCCGUGGGUAAGAGGCGGAUGAAAAUAAGAGUGGGUCCACGGGUGCGCCUGUGUGCAGGAGAUUCAUUUAGCGGCGUGGCAGGAAGGCAGCAGAGAAGGCUAACUUCUUCGUGAUGUUCUAACAAAGUUCCUAUUAUGAGUAAAACUGAAACAAACUGACAACUGAACUUGUUGUAUCUCUUCGGGUAUGAUAGAUUUUUUUAGAGAAAAAGUCUUACGCGUCGUUGAAAGAAGGAUAGAGACGGCAGAACCUAAAUUGUGCUUUGCGGCCAUUUUCGCGUGAUAGGAGAUGCGCAAAUAAAUCCGCAAACAUAAACCAGACGAACAAACAAACAAACUCGAUAAGUGUGUAGCGCUAAAAUAUCAUUUUUUGUGAACGCCAUAGUAGGGAUUGUUGAUAAUUUAUGCAACCGAUUGUACCAUUGAGCGCAGAGAAGAAGUGUUUGUUUGAAAUGGUUUAAAAGCGCUGCAUCGUUUCUGAUUGUUUGCAUCUUUAGGUUAUGUGUAGUGUAGUGAAACAAGAACGUAACAAACAAACAAAAACCCAGACAGAAUGUAUAUUUAUGCAAACACAGACAAACACAAAUCAGGGAUGAUGAUGUAUAGGAGAAUCAUUCCAAAACAUGCAUUACCAUUUACUCAGGGUAUUCGAUCGUACAACCGAUGGCAGACCGGAAGAGAGUGCAACAAAUAUUAGGCUAAACGUAACUGCGAGCUACCGAGGGCAAGGGCGUGUGGCGGCACGCAACUAUUCAGGGAUGAUAAAAGGUAGUGCACCUACCACUUAGAACGUAGACAAAGUACACGUCGCCGCAAAGCGCAGAAAUACUUAUCCAAACUCACACAAACACCGAAAGUUACCAGAAGGCGCCGUAGAUCCUGUAAGUACAAGAGAUUCUAUUUAAACGAAGAUAACAAAAAUAAACCCCGCAAAGCAAGGCAACACAAAGUACAGUGGGUAACAGGGCCGGGAGAUUCGGGGCAAGCUCCCCGUUGGCCACAACAACACUUCCUCCUUCAGUACGUAAUAUGUCGUCGUAAUAUGUUGAGCGAACCAAACAUUCAAAUCAUUGCUAGUCAAAACCGAAACCAAAGGGCGAUUAGAUCAUUAAACAAAAUCUACCAUUUAUAGCAUAUACUUAUACAUAUACAUAUACAUACAUUAUUAUAUAUAUAUCCUAGCGUAAUUACCUAAACACCCCUAAAACAAAGAAAACUUAAGCUGUUAGUGUUAGUAUGCUGUCUCUUUUUCCUCAGCUGUUUUAACGCAAUCCUUUUACCACCCAGCAACCCACAACAGAGUAAUUACCAAAGAGGCUCGUUAGACAUUUGUUGCAACCAAACUCUCGGGGCAGCAGAGCUAGUUUAAGUUAGUGAUCGCUUUUAAGUUUAAGCGAUCUUCCCGUCUCGUGUUUGACAUCAUGGAGGAGUCGAGCAGCCCGUAGUACAGCCAGUACGCAGUAGAAAUAGGCGAGUUGCAAGAUCCUUAGGAUAACAACCUUGGUGUAACUAAUUUGUACGCUUACUUUUUUGACGUCUUUCCGUUCGGUGUCACGGUGUGUCCCUUUUCCCGAUUCGGUCAUAUGCAGACGGGGGUGUGGCUACCCCCAAUUGGUUCUGGCAGAGCUCUUCUGGUUUUAGUGUCCUGUUUCCGGUAUCAGUAAUUGCUGUUCCAUCAGUCGAUCAGUCCCGCUUAGCAGUUUAGUAGUUUAGUACAAACGAACCAGAAGACAGUUCCCUUCUCCUCAUUGGAGGUUCCAAUCCCAGCGAUGCGUUAAGAUAAAACAACAUACAAAAAACCCCCGCAAAUCUACGGCAACGGGCAAAAGCGAUCCAGGAUUCUCGAGCAGUUGCUCAGGUUUAGCGGGAGAAAACCCCCGUCGUUUGCACUUCAGUGUAUCGUACGGUUGGUCGCGGAAAUUCGCAAAGCGAUUCUGCACAAUUGUUGAUCCACUGCUUUGGCACCUUUUGUGGCGAAGCGGCAGGAUAUAUGGCGGGUGCGUAGCAGGCUCUCCAACCCGUUGGUUUCCUUCGAAACAAGACAUGAAGGCGUGGAAAGAUAGGAAAGACUUUCUUGUAAGAAUCUUCAGGGUUGGUACCAAGCAAGACAGAGAGCAAGAGAAAGAGCGUAAAUGCGAGAAAUAGCAAAACAAGGACUAUGAAUGCGUAACAUAUGAUGAUAAUAGCACGUUUUCUGCAAUUGCUAUAAAACAAAACAAAAAAAAACAACAAUGGAACUGUACAAUGCUGUGUGCCUUUUUUUUAGCAAUUGCGGACAAACGGAUCAAUAAGAAAGCGUACCCAGGCUCGAAAGCGGAAUAGAAGAAACGAAACAAUAUACAGAAGGAAGUGAGAGAAACACUGCAAACAAAUGACGUAAGCAAAGCACGGGCUACAGGAGCGCGAGAUGUGUGCGUUAGGGACGUUCGGAAGCUGGAUUGUUUGAGUAAUUAAGAAUUAAUUAGUAAUAUUUCAUAUAUUUGUAAUAUAUAAUUUCGGGUGAUAUAUGAAGUGUUUGUAAUUAAUUGUGACCGGGAAGACUAGACACCACGGGAAGACAAAUGACACGGGCAAGAAACACAAAAGCGACCGGGUCGUAACAGCAAAGGGCAAAACAAUAAUUGAUAAUAAUGCAACUAGAACAUGCUAAAGACCUAAAGUGUGUAUGCUUUGUAAGACCGAGCAAUCGGCUGGUGAUGAAUGCUGCAGGAGAGAACUACUUAGAGAAACAGCAGAAGCAGCGAAGGAUGCUACAUAGAGUACUGUAUCAAACACAUGCCAUAGUUGGUAUCACACCUUUUCACUAUCUAACUUCGACGACAGACACACACACAGACAGAGUAUUAGGCAGAUGUUAGGACGAAACUACACCAAAGAUCAAAUCUGGCGCCUGAUCGAAUAUCAUCAACUAUACAUCGCGACUGCUAAUACCUCAACAAGAGACUGAACUUCCAGCAGAUAAUCACACGAUCCUAAUGAUGUUCCGUUCGUCCACGUUACGCUAUCUCCUAUCAAUUGCUGGUUUCUUCUGAAAUUUAUUCAAAACCAUUCGUUGUCAUGCGUUGAAAGUUAAACGCGAGGGAAGACCGAUUAUUUUGAAUGCCAUAUUUAGAUGACAUAGAACACACCAUUAGCUCCAUAUUUAACACCCUUUUAACAAUGACUGAAUGCGUGUUGAAUGUUUUGUCCAUCGUUUUCCACCUUAGACAUCCACCACUAGUCAACCUGAGUCGCUAAGAGAUAGCGAAACCUGGAGUCCCGGCCCGUGGGGUGUUUUGCAUACUCCGAUUUAAUUAAAUCAUUCGUAACGGCACAUAAUCGCUUGCUUCAUGGUUCUUUUAACGCUGUCGACAAGGAUGUGUUUGUCUAGCUUACAGCUCAACAGCGUAGAAUCUAGAUCGCCUAGAUCUAAAAGUCUGUUUCGGGUUCUAAGGCGAUACAAGACACAAACACUGCGAAAGAAACCCCAAAGAAAAUUCACCCAGAACACACACACACACCACAGGAUUCUUCAGCCAGUGAAGUUUCCCUUCUCAACGGUGGCAUGGUAGAACGAUUGUGGCAUCCGAUUCGUUAUGGCGCGAUAGCAUUUUGCAUCGAAAUGAAGUGAUUAUUAGGCGCCGCUUCAGACGUUGCUUCGCUGUCUUUGAAAGCGUGCGCCGUUGAAGUUCGUUCGUUCGCUCCGUGCCACGAUGGAAAUUGUUGGCGCGAUAAGGUUUAGAUGUUUUACAGUCAGUUUGAGAGUUAAAGUUUGAGGCGAACUAACAAUCUUAUCGCGAUUUUGAAUGUGUUAUUUUAUGAAUUGAAAUAGCCGUGGUCGUCGGUAGAGAUGAGAUUUGUAAAUCGGAAAAGUUUGAACAAACUGGCGCCAUGUUCGCGAGUCCUUCGGGAUGACACCACCCAUCUUCCCGGCGCGUGCUUUAUGUCCCAGACCGAGUGUGCACAAUGUUAAUGAACGACCCAUUAGUGGUUUUUAUAAUAAAAAAAAAGUUUCGUUUUUCGUUCGAUGUGACCAGCAACACAUGGAGCUGUACCGAGCCACGGCCAAAACUUGCUGGACAGUUUGGUGGCGAUUGUUAUUACACACACACACACACACACACACACACACACACACACACACACACACACACACACACACACACACACACACACACACACACACACACACACACACACACACACACACACACCAAUAUCUCACCCUCUCUGUGGCAGCAACUGCGAAAGGAGUGUAUUUUUUGUGGUUACAAAACAAACAAACAAUUCUUAUCAAAAUAUAAAAUCCCCUCUCGCGCGCUCUCUCUCUGUCUCUUUCGCGGUGGCUAUUAUGAUAAGCCGUCGUUAGUAUUUUGUUCGCUUCCUGCGCUGGCAUAGUACUGGUGUGGCCACGGGACGGGUGGUGGCCGAGGGAAAAUAAAUUAUUUAUCGAUUUUAUUUUUUGUUUCACGCGCGUACGCCUGCCAUUUCCUUUCCUCAGCGGCCUCAAGCGUUCAUUAUGCUAUCUCGAAGUCAUUAUCGAAGCUGAAGUUUUUAUUUCGAUUUUUCCCAUAAUAUCUACCGAAAGUGCCAGUGCCCGAAAAAGCGAAAAAAAAAAAAAAUAACAGUAAAAACUAAUGGUAUGGCAGAGGAGGUUUGAGGGUGUGAGAAAGAGAAAGAGACAUGCGACAAACGACUAAACCCGAUCCAAUAUCUGUCGAAGUCGAAGACUGAUACCAUUUCGGCGGUAACGUCAACAUCCAACGCUGGGUCGUCGUGGCCCGGGGAGCCGGGACGCGCUGGGACACAUAUAAAUCCGUCCGGUUUUUGUCCUGCACCCUUCCACACACUACCACUACUACUACUACUACUACUACUACUCCCACAAACCGGUCAGUCUGGGGUGGAUUAAUGGCGAGCCCCUUCGAACUUCUGUGCGGAUGGGUUCUGUAAAACUGGUCAAUCCAUUUCCUACUUUGUGGCGGGGAGAGGGUGGAUUGGUGGCGAACCAGUAAGGAUCAUAUAAAUUUGAUUAAAUUUAUGUAUGUGCGCAGUUAAUGACCACCGAACGGUUCAUUGGGUUGGUGUUUUUUUGUUGGGAUGCCACCAUCUCUGCGUCCGUCUCGGGCCCUUUACUGCUGCACGAUUGGGCGGUUAUGUGUUAUUUUACGCCUCUUCGGGCUCGGGGGCUCACUGUUUGGGAAGCAUAAGGUUUUUGUUUUGUUGUUUUCGAAUGUGACCGAAGAUGCGUCUGCGUGUGUGAGUUGGAGUGUUAUUUUAGUCUUAUUGUUUGAUGUGUCCACUUCAAUUUUUAUCGACCAAAGGCAGAGGGAGCGCACAACAUUUGACGCCACGCCAGAAAUCUUGUGCUCUUCGCUGUUUUUUUUGCGCCAAUUUAUCACGCUGGACACCAUUUUUGCCACUCACACACACAUGUGUCUGUAUCGCUAGUUUGUCGUAAAAAAAUCAAUAACGCUGGAAAACGAAAUGCAUCAUAAACUGUCGCAGCUUUGUGGUGAUAAAUUACAUUUUUUUACACACAAAUAUGUUUCAUCCCACGGGCCGCUUUUAAAGCGCGGCAGGGAAGCUGCACGCAACCUUUCCCCCACUCCCAAACACGAACCUGCAGAGAUGGGCUCGAAUUUCGCUUUUCUCUCUAGUUUAAUUGUUCAAUACUGAACGUUUAUUGCUGCUUGGCAUAAAAAUCGGACCCUACUCGCCACAGGAUACCGAGCAACGGGCAUCGCAAGGGCAUGCCAAUCCCAAAAAUUUAACCGAAAAUAUUCAAAAUCUGGCACAAUUAAUGGCUCCUGCCACUAUGUAAUGCUUUAUUCCAUUCAGAGGAAAACUUUUUUUUCUUCUACUUUUCCUCUCAAUGCUCAAUUCCAAUCGCGUGCUCGUUCCGCGAUAUGUUACACACUGUUUUGAAAAUAAUAAUGGUUUUUGGUUGCGCUGCACAAGGGGGACCCCAUGCUUUGCAUUCGAAGGAAAACCGAUCGCCGCCACGGCAUUGUCCCUUCCGUCAAUGUUAACAAACGUUUCCCUUCGAAACCUUUUGGGUGAACCGAGGAGAGAAGGGGACUGCAGAAGGUUCGUAUCUCUUCCCGAAGGUCCUAAAAACUAUUGAACAACGACGGUUGAACCAAUUUGCAGCCUCCGCGUGUGUGUCUGUGUACAGGACACGUUCGUCGCUUGGUGUUUUUGGGAGAUUUUUCGUCCUUUUUUGCGUCGUUGUUCGGAUAUUCAUGAUUCAUUGCUCUUUGUAGUAUGUGUGUGUGUGCAUAGAUUUGUAUUUCUUCUUUUGUAUUCUACGACUUCAAUUUUACUGAACUAGAUUCAAAUUCACACACUGACAAUUGUAUGAGAUUGCUGAUUUCUCCCUUCUUAAAGGGAACGGUCGUUUCCACCGUAACCAAAUUAACAGCAUAAAUUAUAAUUAUUCCAUGCUGCUGCUGCAGGACACAUGCACAAGCGAAAAGCCGAUUGUAUCGAUGAAUUAACGGCCAUCGGCACGGGGCAAACGGUCGGUCGGUCGGUCCGAAACACUCGUAGGAAUCAAAAAUUUGCAUCUCAUUUUUGCGGGAGGGUGAGUGAGUUUUGGGUUUCCAUAUUUUGCAGCAGUAAGCUUGCGAAGCUAGGGUGGAAUAUGGUUUUUGGGUAAUUCUAUCGGCAGUGCAUGUGCCGAAUUUGUGAAACGAAUGCAUUUUUUCUAUUGCAUUCUUCAAGGGCACGUGAUAUUUUCACGUUGCUUUAUCCUGUAAAAUGAACCCUCCAGCUCGGGACAAACCCGAUGGCAACCGAGAGCUGCUUUUUUUGUUCGAAAAUGAAUUUCAUUUCACAGUCCCUUUGCAAACUGAUACAAUGGCCAACGCCUAGAUGACCCUUGUCCAGAAUUGAUCAGCGGUUGAUAGCAAAUAGCAGGCGGGCGACGAAAGUGGACGGAACAAACCAACCCGAACAGAGAUAAAAUAAAACAAAAAAAUAACAACUUGACCACCAGGGUAGUACAAAGAUUGGCUCAAUUUACCGACGACUUGCCUACGACGCGCAUUAUUCUGCUCCGUAUCUCGAGCACGGGAGCUGCCAAAUGCAAUAAAAGCGCAUCAACCCCACGUGUAACCGAGGCAGAGCGGGUAGGCAGCAGCGAUCGAUACUCGAUAGCCUGUCGUUUCGAAAUCGUGCAACGCGAGAACAAUUGUGCAUAAUCGGUUACGGCUGAAACCUGUAAUCGAUGCGCGCCGGGAACACUGAACGCAGCAAAUGGCCGUACAUCGCGAAAUGUGGAUGCUUCAACGAGAUAACGUAAUGGGAUCGAUUAUUAUAACAAGGAAAAAAACAGCGAAAAAAAACAUGAACAUUUCAAGGAAUCGGCAAGGCGAGCCAAACGAUGAUUACACCAACAUCACAUAAUACACAUAAAAUCCACCUUCUCAAACAGGCGAAUGAGAUAGGGCAGAACUACAAACACAUCGCGUAAAGAAAAAGCAUAACAAAAACCUUAUCCAACGGAUGAUGGUUGAUGAUUUUGUACAAAAAAAAAGAAAGAAAUCGAAAAAUAUUGCAACCAUGUAACGACAGUGCAUGGCAUAAUGGUAUGUGUAGUUAAAUUGCAUUUAGAACGCAGCAAAUUUGGAGUUUAUUCGUAUGUCUCUCGUACUCUAACUAUGAAUUGAACGCAUGCAUUCACACAUAUAUAUAUCUUAGAACAAAUUCUCAGGCGUCCAGAACUACAACAGACAUUUUCGUGUGUAAGGAUACGUAAGGAAAGGGAAAGCAAACCGAAACCUAACUUACCUACUACUAUGGUUGCCGGAAUAAUUGUGUGUACUUUAAGGAAAGAAAUAAAACACAAACAUUUAGUAACAAAUCCACGCCCCACUGCAAAGAA